AUGGGGACCAGACUGCCCCUCUUCCUCUUCCUGACCCUCCUUGGCAGCUCACACGGAACAGGGCCAGGAAUGACUUUGCAACUGAAGCUGAAGGAUUCCUUUCUGGAAAAUCCCUCCUAUGAUUCCAGCUUCCUGGAGCUGCUCAAGAAGCUCUGCCUCCUCUUCCGCCUCCCGCCAGGGACCAGCCUCGCCCUGCACCAGGCAGGGCCCCCGCACCGGAUCAUGUGCGGAGCCUGA